AUGACUGACGAAAAAAUAAAGGCCUUAACAACUAAGCGCGCCGGUGCCAAACGAUCUUUAGCAUCGUAUUUAAAUUUUUUAAAUAAAUUUAAUCCAGAAACAGACAUUCCUGCUCUUGAAAAAAGAUUUCGUGCAAUAGAGGAAACUCGUGAUAAAUUCAUAUCGUAUCAAGAAGAGCUAGAAGAAUUGCUCGAAGAAUCGGACGCCCUUUUUGCACAUCGCGAAGAAUUUGAAAACUCUUAUUUUACUGCCUUUGGCAUAGCCACUAAACUUUUAGAGCAAUAUGUUAAAAAGAACAUUACACAUCCUAUUACAACGGAACAAACAAAUAAUAGUACUACAUAUUUAUUAAAUUCGACGAGUCAAAGUCUAGUAGAUUCUCCGAUGUUAAACGCGGAAGUAAAUAAUUUACAACAGCAAGAGCAACAAAACUCCAACAAUAAUAAUGCACCGUCUCAUUUCGGAAGUGUUCAAAAUUUAGAUGCUGUCAAUCAGCAACUUCUAUUAUCUCAAUUAUCUCAAAAUGCAUUUGAUAACUUUCAUUCAUCAUCUUUGCCGACAAUUCAAUUGCCAACAUUCAGUGGAGCUUAUGAUACUUGGAUGCUUAAAGGUGAAGCAGCCGAUAUAAUUUCAACUAUCGAAUCCUCAGACGAAAAUUACAUCGUAGCUUGGGAUCUUUUAAAAGAAAGAUAUGACGACCGGAAAUAUAUACGUGAUUGUCAUAUUAAAGCUCUAGUAGAUAUGCCAUCCAUAUCGAAAGAGUAUUCAUUUCGCGCAUUUUUAGAUCGCGUCCAAAAACACUUACGCGCUCUUCAAGCGUUAGGAGAACCCAUAGGUUCAUGGGACUCCAUAUUAAUCGUAAUAUUACGGGAAAAACUUAACUCCUCCGCUCGCGAGCGAUGGGAAGAUUGCAGUAGCGGUAUAGCUCGUCCUACCGUUAAUAAUUUAAUAGACUUUCUAAAAAGACGUGCUCAGGUAGAAGGAGUUCGACUUCAAAAUCCGAAACCCGUAUUCGAAAGGCCUAAUAAAAAUAAUAAUAAUAACAAUCGAUCUAAUACUCGCUCGCAACAAACAUUUGCAACCACCACUCACGAGCAAUCUUGUGUAUUUUGUGGUGGAAAUACUCAUUUAGUUUAUAGUUGUACCACAUUUGCAGCUUUAGAUCCUCAUGCUCGUUAUGAGGCUUCUAGAAAUGGUGGAUGGUGCACUAACUGUCUAAAAAAGGGACAUAGAGCAUCCAAAUGUACCUCUCAGCCAUGCAGAAAUUGUAAGCUGAAACAUCACACUCUUUUACAUUUUGAAAAAGCAAAUAAUUAUUCCAACCAAUCGGUAAAUCCUCAAGUUUCUUCUCAUUUUGUUGCAAAUAGUACUAUCUUGCAAGCUCAAACAAGCUCACAUGUUUUACUUGCUACUGCUCUAGUUGACAUGGUGAAUCAUCAAGGCAAGAGCAAAACUAUUCGCGUAUUUUUAGAUGCAGGUUCUCAGGCACAUUUUAUAACUGAAAAUGUUGCAAACUUUUUGAAUUUAAUUAAGAAACCAGCUAAUAUUUAUGUAACUGGGAUAGAUAAUACUUCAACUAGCGUUAAGCAUUCUGCUCGAGCUACCUUGCAAUCUCGAUGCAAUAAUUACAGGGAAUCUGCUGAUUUUUUAAUUGUACCUCAAAUUAGUCAGGCAAUGCCUUCGAUCACGAUUAAUCAAUCAAGCCUCGACAUACCUAAAAAUAUUAAAUUAGCCGAUCCCGACUUCUUCAAAUCUUCGAAGGUAGAUGCCUUAAUUGGUGUUAAAUUGUUUUACAAAUUGCUCGUUGUAGGACAAAUACCAUUGAAAAAUCACUCAAAUGCAAUUCUUCAAAAAACUCAGUUAGGUUGGGUCGUUGCUGGUGAAAUUGAUGCGCAUUCUCAACCUUCGCUUGUAUCUUGUCAUAUCUCGAUCCAUUCGGAUCCUCCAGAUGUAAGCUUAACCCGUUUUUGGGAAAUUGAAGAACUUUCAUCGAAUACAAUUUUGUCUCCUGAAGAAAAGGCCUGUGAGGAGCAUUAUGCUCUUAAUACAACGAGAAAUACUGAUGGAAGGUAUGAAGUACGUUUACCCUUUAAUAAUAAAAAGGCUGGCUUAGGUGAAUCUUACGCCGUUGCGUUAAAACGUUUUUAUGCAUUGGAGCGUAAAUUCCAGCAGAAACCCGAAAUACAGCGUGAGUACAUUGCAUUUUUAGAUGAGUACUUGGCAUUAGGUCAUAUGUCACUUGCAAAGGAUCAAAAUACUACAGGUAAAGGGUUCUUUCUUCCGCAUCAUGCUGUGGUCAAGGAAGACAGCAUAACGACAAAAACUCGCGUCGUUUUUGAUGGUUCAGCUAAAACUUCAACUGGAAUCUCCUUAAAUGAUACUCUUAUGGUAGGUCCUAAACUUCAGGACGAUUUACUUUGUAUUCUUUUACGUUUUCGAUCUCAAAUCUAUGUUCUCACUGCUGAUGCUGAAAAAAUGUAUCGACAAGUACGUGUCAAUUCUGAAGACACUCCAUAUCAAAAAAUUCUUUAUCGGCGAAAUACCUCUGAACCUAUUCAGAUAUAUACACUUGAAACUACCACGUAUGGUACAUCUUCCGCUUCGUAUUUAGCAAUCAAAACAUUAUAUAAACUUGCCGAUGAUGAGGAGGAGAAUUUUCCAAUUGCAUCCCAAAUACUACGUAGAGAUUUUUAUGUCGAUGAUGUGCUCACAGGUGCACAAACAAUCUCUGAAGCAAUUAUCCUACGUGAUCAACUCAUAUCUUUAUUAAAAAAGGGUGGAUUCUGUUUAAGAAAAUGGGCUGCAAAUCAUUCAUCUCUGCUUAUUGAGGAUCAAGAGCAUCCUGAUAGUGCACAUAUGUCGUUAGAUCCUGACUCAUCUAUAAAAACAUUAGGUAUUCGAUGGAAUUCCCGUGAAGAUUAUUUCUUUUAUGUUGUAAAUCUUUCGGUAUCCAAGUACAUUACAAAAAGGACUGUUUUAUCUCAAAUUGCAAAAUUAUUUGAUCCUCUUGGUCUCCUAGGUCCAAUCAUCGUGCACGCAAAAAUUAUCAUGCAGCUCCUGUGGAAAGCCGGGGUAGCGUGGGAUGAAUCUAUUCCUGUUGAGAUUCAUUCGUCUUGGUCCGCUUAUUUGGACCAGCUACCAUUAAUCAAAAAUUUACGCUUUCCUCGUGGAAUUACCAUACCUGAUUCUGUUAAAGUACAAUUACAUGGUGUUUGCGACGCUAGUGAAAAGGCUUAUGGCGCCUGUUUGUACUUGCGUUCAGUUAAUUGUCAGGGUCAGAUAUAUAUACGCCUUAUUUCCUCCAAGUCUCGAGUGGCUCCUGUCAAACCAUUGACAUUACCAAGAUUAGAGCUCUGCGCUGCAGUACUACUUGCUCGUCUUUAUCAUAUUGUAAAGCCAACUAUUUUGACAAGCAUUCAUGAAUCAUAUCUUUGGUCUGAUUCUACGAUUGUUUUGCAUUGGAUAAAUACGCCAGCUCAUCGAUUAAAAACUUUCGUAUCGAAUCGCGUGUCAGAAAUUCAAACUAUCACUGAGUCUUGCCAUUGGCGGCACGUUUUAUCACAAGAUAAUCCUGCAGAUCUUAUAUCUCGAGGACAGCUUCCGUCAGAUUUUAUUGAAAGUUCCAUUUGGAUUGAUGGACCUUUAUGGUUGACUCAGGAAAGCUCAGCAUGGCCGGAAGGAGUUCUUACCCCUAUAGAUAUUCCUGAUUUGAAACCUCUUAUUCCUAAAAUUGCAUGUUUGAAAAUUGAGAUAAAAGAGUAUAACAUCAUCGAAAGAUUUAGUUCUUUUAGUAGGAUGCAGCGAGUUAUAGCAUUCAUUCUACGUUUUAUACACAAUAUUAAAAAACCCAGUAGUGAACGUAAAUUUGGUCCACUACUUAGUACAGAAUUAGCAAUAUCUCAUGACUUGAUUAUACGUUUAGUCCAAUCCAGUUGCUUUAAAAAAGAAAUAGAAUCAAUUAAAGCUGGGGAAUCACUUCCUUCAUGUAGCAAAUUAAUUCCAUUAAAUCCGAUCAUAAACGAAGACGACAUUUUACGUGUUGGAGGUAGACUUGCUUAUUCUUCUAUUGCUGAAGAACAACGUCACCCAAUCUUAUUACCUGCUCAGCAUCACGUGACUAAAUUAAUUAUCAAAGCCGAACAUUUUCGACUUAAACAUGCAGGUAUGCAAGCAACACUAUACUCAGUUCGCCAAAAUUAUUGGCCGUUAAAUGGACGCAGCGUCACACGUAGCUUGAUUCGUAAAUGCAUACCUUGUUUUCGCGCAAAACCGCGUCUUGCUAAUCACCCGAUGGGAACUCUUCCCACUCAGCGGGUCACAUCUUCGCGUCCUUUCUUACGCGUAGGAGUUGAUUAUUGUGGACCCUUUUAUAUAAAAGAAAAACGUCAUCGUAAUCGCGGCCGCGUAAAGGUUUACGUGGCAGUAUACAUUUGCAUGUGCACAAAGGCUGUUCAUUUGGAACUUGUCAGUGACCUUACCACUGAAGCAUUUUUAGCCAGCCUCAAGCGACUUUUUUCAAGACGAGGAAAAGCAAUAGAAAUUCACUCCGAUAAUGCUACUAACUUUGUCGGAGCUAAAAACGAGCUAAAUGAGCUCUAUGAUUUAUUUAAUUCGAAAGCGCAUCAAAAUAUAAUAACUGAAUUUUGUAACGCAGAAAAGAUUGAUUGGCACUUUAUCCCCCCUAGAGCUCCGCACUUUGGUGGAAUCUGGGAAGCCGCGGUAAAAUCAUUUAAGCAUCAUUUAAUUAGAACCGUGGGUGAUGCCUUACUUACUUUUGAGCAAUUAGAAACAUAUAUCAUUGAGAUAGAAGCUAUCCUAAAUUCAAGGCCAAUUUCUCCUAUGUCAUCCGAUCCUAAUGACCUUCUUCCCUUAACUCCAUCUCACUUCCUCAUAGGUAGUCCGUUGACCUCUUUUCCACAGGUUGAUUUCACAGAUACCCCAAUCAACCGCCUAUCUGCUUGGCAACAUGCUCAACAGCUCAAGCAGCAUUUUUGGAUACGCUGGCACAAGGAAUAUCUUCAUCAAUUGAUUAAAUUUAGUGGAUCUCCGCGUAAAUCAGUUAACAUCAAGGUUGGAAACUUGGUACUAAUCUUUGAAGAAAAUUUGCCUCCUUUGCAAUGGGUCCUCGGGCGCAUCACCGCUGUUCAUCCUGGAAAGGAUGGCAUUGUCAGAGUGGUCACCCUUAGGACAAAAACGGGCACAUACGACCGUUGCGUUAAGAAGCGUUGUCCACUUCCCAUCGAUGAAGAGGAUGACGACUUCACCGAAUCUGCUUGA